CAACCUCACCGGCCUCCUCUUCCUCACCGCCAUCACCAACUCUUCACCGCUGCUGCUGCUGUUCUCGAGCAUCUCCCUGCAAUGGCCUCCACAACCUCCGCUUCUGCGCCCGAGUCUGAGAUCCGCAAGCGCGUCCCCAUCCCGCCCGCGGAUCCGGUCCUCCCGCCGCCUCCCGUCCUCAAGCCAAACUACGUCCACAUCUCCGAGCAGCCUUACACCCUCGCCAACUGGUACAAGCACAUCAACUGGCUCAAUGUCGUCCUCAUCAUCAUCAUCCCCGUCGCCGGCUGCACCGCCGCCGUCUUCACCCCGCUCUGCACCAAGACCGCCGUCUGGGCCUUCUUCUACUAUGCCAUGACCGGCAUGUCCAUCACCGCCGGCUACCACCGUCUCUGGGCCCACCGCUCCUACAACGCAAAGCUCCCUCUGCGCAUCGUCCUCGCUGCCUUUGGCGGCGGCGCCGUCGAGGGCUCGAUCCGCUGGUGGGCCGCCGGCCACCGCGUGCACCACCGCUACACCGACACCGACCGUGAUCCGUACAAUGUGCGCCGCGGACUGCUCUACUCCCACCUCGGCUGGAUGGUCUUCGUCAAGAACCCCAAGAAGGCCGGCCGCGUCGACAUCUCGGACCUCAACGCCGACCCCGUCGUCAGAUGGCAGCACCGCAACUACGUCCUUGUUCUCGUCGUCAUGGCCUUCCUCUUCCCCAUGUGCGUCGCCGGUCUUGGUUGGGGCGACUGGAAGGGCGGGUUGUUCUGGGCCGGAAUCGCUCGCAUGACCGUCGUCCACCACGCUACCUUCUGCGUCAACUCGCUCGCUCACUGGAUCGGCGACCAGCCCUUUGACGACCGCCGCUCGCCGCGCGACCACGUCCUGACUGCGCUCGUUACCUUUGGUGAGGGUUACCACAACUUCCACCACGAGUUCCCGUCCGACUACCGCAACGCGAUCAUAUGGUACCAGUACGAUCCCACCAAGUGGACGAUCUGGCUGAUGAAGAAGAUCGGCCUCGCCUCUGACCUCAAGACCUUUUCGCAGAACGCGAUCGAGCAGGGCAUCGUCCAGCAGCGCCAGAAGAAGCUCGACAAGUGGCGUUCGCGCCUCAACUGGGGUGUUCCUCUCGAGCAGCUGCCGGUCAUUGAGUUUGAGGAGUUCCAGGAGCAGGCCAAGGAGCGCGCUCUCGUGCUGAUUGCCGGGGUUGUGCACGACGUUACCAACUUUGUCGAGUCGCACCCCGGUGGCAAGGCUCUUAUCCAGUCUGGAAUCGGCAAGGACGCGACUGCUGUUUUCAACGGCGGUGUUUACGAGCACUCGAACGCCGCGCACAACCUGUUGGCGACGAUGCGUGUUGGUGUGAUUCGUGGCGGUAUGGAGGUCGAGAUCUGGAAGCAGGCCCAUCGCGAGCACAAGGACACAGUCAUUGCGCAGGACUCGGAGGAGAAUGCGAUUGUGCGCGCUGGGUUCCAGCCCACGCGGAUAAACGCUCCUGUGAUGAGUGCCGGAGCUGCGUAGAUGGGUUGCAAGUGUUUUGUUUAUGAAUAUGAAAUUUGAAACGUUUUGGGUAUUUUUAUAUUGUUGUUGAUUUCCUUUGCUCGGUCUCUAAAACCUUUUAUUUUAUAUUAUUGCAUGUGUAUAUGGGUUGUAACAUCAAGCUCUACUAUUAUCAUUCCUAUUGUUAGUUGAUUCAAAUAAAGAGUAACAAAAGUAUUUAUAAUCUAUUUACAGUGAUGGUAAUUACAAGGUCUUCUCUGUCGCCUUCUUCGACUCCUCCUCGACCGCCUCCUCGACCGCCUCCUCCACAAACACACCAUCUUCCUCCUCGA